UAAAAUAUACACUUACUGUGAACUGCACAUAUACAAGGCCAGGAACCACAAGAGUAACACGUCCCUGCUGCGAGGUAGCUGUGGCUUUCCAGAGAAGGAAAAUCAACUCAGAACAAUGACUGCUGCCCUAAAACAUGAAGAUCUGAUCCAAAAGUUGGAAAAUGACACUGAUGAAAGCCUGGAGUUCAAGUCUGAUCCUGAUCAGUGCUGUAUAUACAGGGUGCCUAGAAGGAUUCGAAGAGUAAAUGACGAAGUUUUCACUCCUCAGUUAGUUUCUAUUGGUCCUCUUCACUAUGACAAACCAGACUUAGCAGACAUGGAAAAGAAAAAAAAGCAGUAUGUGAAAAGUUUUCUUAAACGGACAGGAAGAGAGAAAAUAGAUGAGAUUCUAAGUCACAUCAAGGACAACGAAGAAAAGAUUCGUACUUGUUAUGCAGAAGCAUCUACACUUCUAAAUCCUGAGUUUGUUAUGAUGAUUUUAUAUGAUUCUAUCUUCAUCAUAGAGAUCUUCUUAAGAGAACACUUAAAAGAUAGAAGAGACAUAUUACUUGCUACAGUUCCACUACAUCAUACUCUAUGCACAGACUUGCAGUUAUUCGAAAAUCAACUUCCUUACUUUAUCCUUGAGGAAAUAUACAGGUUAACUGGCAUUCACAUAUCUGCUACCUUCAUGCAGCUUUCUUGUAACUUCUUUUCGGCAUUUAUAAGCGUGGAGUUAAGUGCUUUACCCCCCCAGUGGGCAGUUAGACAUUUCACAGAUUGGAGAAGAAUCACUCUACUCAAGCACUACCAAGCAUCAGCGUCAGCCAAAGAAUGGAUUGAUAGUUUACCUUGUGCAGUGAAGCUACAUCAGUCAGGUGUAAAGUUUAAGUAUAUUCGUACUGAAGGAGAACAGAGCUUAUUUGAUAUAAAAUUUGAAAAGCGAAAACAGUUAAUCCCAUUUUUUGAAGUCCAUGAAUUACAGAUACCACAACUAUUAGUAAACGAUGGGACUGAGCGUCUACUCAGAAACAUUAUUGCCCUGGAGCAGUGUCUUUACCCAAAUGAUUCCCAAGUUUGCAAUUAUGUUGAAUUGAUGGACUAUCUUAUCAAUACUGAAGAGGAUGUAGAUUUACUUGUUGGAAAUCAAAUUAUUUCCAAUCAUAUGGGAGACAAUGCUUCAGUGGCAAAAAUGUUUAACAAACUUAAUAUACUUCAUAGCCAAUCGUCAUACCAUAACUUAUGUGAGCAGCUCAAAGAACACUACAACAGUCCUUGGAACAACAUCAAGGCCACUUUGAAAAGAGUAUAUUUCAACAAUCUAUGGAGAGGCACAACAACUGUUGCGGCAAUAGUACUCUUGCUUCUAACUAUCAUACAAACUGUAUGUUCUAUCUUGCAGGUUGUGUAACUUUAUUUGAUACUUGUAUUAGAUCCAGAAUCCACUUGUAUUAGCAUAAUUUUCAGUUUCAAGCUUCUUGUAUUAAUAAUAAUAAAAAAAUUUUAAGACAUGCAUAACAAAAUAAGGCUGUCCCGCUUCUUGGCAA